UGUGCUCCCGUGAGCCUCUGCUCUCUCUUUCCCUGUUGGCGGCCGAGUUCUCUGAAAAUGGUCCGCUAUUCAUUAGACCCAGAGAACCCCACCAAAUCAUGCAAGGCAAGGGGCUCCAACUUGCGAGUGCACUUCAAGAAUACUCGCGAGACUGCCCAGACCAUCAAAGGCAUGCACAUCCGCAAAGCGACCAAGUUCCUGAAGGAUGUUGUGAUUAAGAGGCAGUGUGUCCCUUUCCGACGUUACAACGGUGGAGUUGGCAGGUGUGCACAAGCUAAGGCCUGGCGAUGGACACAAGGUCGUUGGCCUAAAAAGAGCGCAGAAUUUCUGCUGCACAUGCUAAAGAAUGCAGAGAGCAAUGCAGAACUCAAGGGUCUGGAUGUGGAUUCCUUAGUGAUUGAGCACAUUCAAGUGAACAAGGCACCUAAGAUGCGCCGACGGACCUACCGUGCCCAUGGUCGUAUCAACCCAUACAUGAGCUCACCAUGCCACAUAGAGAUGAUCCUCACUGAGAAGGAGCAGAUUGUUCCGAAACCAGAGGAGGAGGUUGUUCAGAAGAAAAAGGUUUCCCAGAAGAAGCUGAAGAAGCAAAAGCUUAUGGCACGGGAUUAAAUUUUACUCGUUUUGCAGCAAUUUCUGUACAUACAGUAAACUAUUUGAAACCA